AUGUUAUUUCCAGGUGGAAUUCGCUUCCUCUGGGGGUGGUUAGGCGCCCUCGUUUUGGUGCUGGCUGUGCAAGCGCAUAGGCUAACAGCCAUCGGCAGCGGGCUGGCUGGUUCAGGUGCGCCACAAACAGGCUUUGUACCAUCUCCAUCGCAUACAUCAAUUUCGUUUUCUACCAAUGGAGCCCGUAUGACAUCUUCCAUGGGCGCUAAGAGCACAUCAUCUACUGGCGAGACCAUUACCAAGAAGCAAUUGAUUGCGGAAGUGGCUCAGACUGUUGAGAUGACACAGAAGGACGUCGGUGCUGUGAUUGACGAAUUCGUAAAAUUGAUUGGUAAAUACCUCGGCGAGAACAGAGAGAUCUCGAUUCCCAAGUUUGGCCUCUUCCACAACUCCCUCCGUGGACCGCGCACGAUGAAGAACCUGCAGACAGGCGAAAUGUACACUGCAAAGCCAGUAUACGUACCGAACCUGAGGUUCUACGAUACCGUCAAGGACGAAAUUAACCAGGCGCUGAAACCCGAGUAA